AUGAAUGACCCUGGCUUUGACGACGCUAUUGCCGAUGAGGCAGUGGCUCUUGAUCACACCUCCAGCAGUCAAAAGGACCAAACGGAUCAAGAUGCAACAACUCGAGAUGCGAAGUACCCUCAAACUGCUCGGUGGUGGUUUGCAAGUACAACAUAUCCUCUCACAGCUGGCACAUUCGGCCCAAUGGCCAGCGCGUUCAACGUAUGCUCCCUGUCCCAACCAUGGCGAAUGGACCUCACAAGCACCGGCGGACUAAACGUCCCAGAUCCAAAAUGGGUCAUCGCCGUCAACGCAGUAUCCCUAGUCUUCGCCCUAGCAGCAAACCUCGCUCUAUCCCUAAACAUGGCCCGACGCAUCCGCUUCGAGAUCGCGCAACCAAUAAUUAUAAUCGGCUGGUACAUCUCAUCAGCAUUAUUGAUAGCAAUCCUCAUCCCCUUCGGCGUACUCAUGUACAAACCAGAGAACGACGGCCGUAUCUACUCACAGGCCUAUUUCUACGGUACUUUUGCGGCGGCGAUAUACUUCAUUAUCUCGUCGUUGAUGCUGGUCACCGGGUACGGUGCCUGGAAGGGCCACUAUAGUCGUGAAUUCAAGUUAACGACUAGCCAGCGGACGCUCAUGCUGCAGACGAUCAUCUUUUGCAUCUACCUGCUCGGCGGUUCAGCUGUCUAUGCCCAUGUUGAGGGAUGGCGGUUUCUAGAUGCGGUUUAUUUCGCGGAUUAUACUUUGCUUACUAUUGGUGUUGGCAAUUUCGCGCCGGCUACCCACCUUGGUCGUGGACUAUUGUUUCCCUAUGCUGUUGGGGGUAUUAUCAUUUUGGGAUUGAUCAUUUCUUCGAUUCGGACUCUUAUGUUGGAAACGGGGAGACAGAAGUUUGGUGAUAUGCUCACGGCCCGCACGCACAAAUUCCUCAUCAAGAAGGCCUUUUCGGAGCGGUCUCGUUUGCAUAGGGUUGUACCUGCGCUGGGGAAGGAGAGUGCCGAGGCGGAGGGCCGGAGUGAGCGCGAACAGCGGAAGAGGGAGUUCAUUGCUAUGAAUCAAGUGCGAGAAUUGGCAACUGCUCAGCAUAAGUGGCUAUCGCUUUUGAUUUCUCUUACGCUUUGGAUGGCUAUGUGGCUUAUUGGUGCCGUGGUCUUCUGGCGCUCUGAGUCGGCGCGGCAGUGGACAUAUUUCGAGGCGUUGUACUUUGCGUACACGACUCUUCUUACUAUUGGGUAUGGUGAUAUCUAUCCGAUAAGCAGUUUGGGGAUGUCUUUCUUCGUUUUCUGGUCUUUGCUUGCUGUUCCGACUAUUACCAUUCUUAUUUCGAAUAUUGGAGAUACUCUUAUUCGGUUUAUUCGUGAUAUGACGCUGUUCAUUGGCGAGAUUACUAUUUUGCCUGGUGAUCAUUCUUUCGUCGAUAAGAUCAAAGAACUGUUUAAUACCUCUUUGUUCGGAUGGUGGCUUGAAGAGACGACAGGCGAAAAGACAGGAUCGUCCAAAGAGCAGACCAGUACAGCUACUGGAAACCCCAAUAACUCAGCUGCGCCCAACCAUGUCAGCAGCCACCUCGAAGCAGAAGAGCAAGAGAAAGAAAAACACGCUCAUCAGCGGGGCGACAUAGUUGCUGAGAAUAUCUACCAUUAUCACUACCACCUUUUCCGGGAAGUACGCAAGAUGAUCGAAUAUGCUUCCAAUUCUCCAUCUCGGCAGUUCGACUACCUAGAAUGGGAGUAUUAUCUCGGACUAAUCGCCGGCAAUAAUCGUCCUGAUAUCUCUGGCGAUGAAAUCAACAAGAAACAGGCACAGGCGGUUAAUGACUGGAGUUGGAUCGACAAGGAGUGUCCAUUGUUGGGGCAUAAGAGUGAGGUUGAGUGGUUACUAGAGGCAUUGACAAAAGCCCUGGAUCGUGAGUUGAGGGAAGCCUGUGGAGGUCAGAUCUUCGAAAGCGAGAAUGAAGCCCCGGGUGAGGUAGACGGCGAAGCAGAGCUUGCCAAGGGCAAGAUCCGAGGCGAAAGGCAGCAAAAUGACGCCAUACCGUGA